AUGGUUAAUAUUGAAUCUAAUAUCUUUUAUGUAGUCAAUGCUAAAGUUAGUAUCUUUAAUAUAGUUAUAUCAAAUCAAGUGAAUGCCAAAGCUAUUAAUACUCAAACUAAUCUCUCAUAUACUGCUAAUACUGAAGCUAAUGCUACUUAUGAAAAUAUAGUUUAUAAUGAAUUUGAAGCUUUCUCUGAAAAUAUGACUAUUAGAAAGGUUAAUAUAGAUAUUAGUAUUGCUAUAAUGUGA